CUUCAGUGUAUAUGUAUACCUUUUAGAUCUUGGGUCUGUCAAAAAAUUUGUUUAGCUUUGUAUCGUGGAAUAAAGCUUCAAUAGUUGCUCAUUUGUGUGAGAAAAAUGAAACCAAUCAGCAGACAUCAAUCAAACACUUCGAGCGACUUUUCCGGCGGUUCCUCCGACCAGUCGCUUGCGUCCAGCAGCUCCAGUGAGAGCGACGACGCAUCAACUCCGAGCAAUUUGAACGAGUUUUGCAAGAACCUGUGCCAGAAUUCGGAUGCCUUUGACGAAUUUUUCUCGCCUGCCACAUGGAACGACCUACCCGAGCCUGUGCGCUCUUCGCUGGGUUCCCUCGUUCCCGGCGCAGGUAUGGACGGCACAAUUGAGGCGCUUUUUUUGGGCAAACUUGCGCGGUUCGGAGAGAACCCACUUCAAAAGGUGCGGAAAAAACUGGCCGAGGAGCACUUCCGACCGGCCAUAGCGACCCUGCAAAGAAGCAAAACAAAGGCCGAACGGCGCGAGCAACGUUACCAGGAGCGGGAACGCCUCAGCUCGACGGCACGUAAUUUGCUCGAAUCGCGAGAACAUUUGCUUCAGUCAGCUAGUUACUCGAUCCCGGUUCAGAAUUCAAUCGGAAGAAAGGCGACGGCUAACAAUGCAAUGUACACUUCGGCAAAUAUUUCGCGAGCCAAGAAGCGAUAUCUGCAGGAGAUUAAUGCCACCUUUGAGCAGCUGGGCCAGUUGGAUUCGGACGAUGAGAGUUACGGCGAGGGUAUCGCGAAUUAUCUUCCUAGGAAGCAGCGCCGAUACUUUGGAUCGGUUCAGGGCACAACAUCAAAUUCUGGAGUGGACAUGCGAAUCGUCGAUACCCACAGUCAUAAGGAUAAAAACUCAACUUCGGCUGAUUACCCGUUGGGACCAAACGGAAAAAUAUUCAUUUCGGAGGAGCAUUACCGUGACCUUUUGUCUCGCUACAAAUACACCAAAUAUAAUGAAGCGGACCAUCCUGAAAUUGACUGCUCAAGCUUGAAGCUUGAAGACGUGGUUUUUCGAACUCAGGCAUCGUCAGGCUACCGGCGCAUCAUGCCCUUUCCGAAGGUCGUGGAAACGCUGGCACCGCAAACUUCGUCGGAACAGUUAUCCCAGAACAGUAAAGUGAACAUUCCGCAAGCUUCCAGCCUAGCUGAGGUGGGGAAACCGUCGGAUAAUUCACCUAUUGCUGCGCGAGAAAGCGAAGUGAUGGUGAAAAGAUACCGAUUGUCGGAUAGUUUUGACGCUUCCGAGCCUCGAAUUGAAUUGGAGCAAAAACAUGUUCAGAUUGGCAGUCAAGUCGCGGAAGAAGAGGCUAAUAGUAGGGCAGACGUUGACCAACUGCUUAUUGCUCGAUUAGUGCAUAACAAGCCAGCUGUAAGCUCUGCGAAAGCCACGUUCAAGAUGGAAUAUGAUACCAGUAAAGCUUUGAGUGAUCAACAGCAUGCUGUUAGGAGCGUCAUCGCGCAAGAGUUGAAACCUAAGCAGCAGCUUAUUCCAACGAUUGACAGUAAAAGUAACCUCGCUCGUACCAAUACCGAUGAAGCUAGCGAGAUGCAGGAAAUGCAUUCAAGCUUCCUGGCGCUCCUUCGGGACUUGUUUUGUUCAACACCCGAUCAUCGAUUGACACUGAACGAACUCAAAAUGAUGAUGAAACUUUGGUUGAACAAACCAACGGCAAGACACAACAACUGGUUCCACCAAGCAAACGACAAUUGGGACGACAUGCUGCAGUCGGCGAUACUAUUCUUAUCCGGCGAGUUUGUCAACCAACCGGAUGAUUUCGUUCCCUAUCUAGAGUUUAAAUCACAACUCAACAUCUAUCAAUGGAUUGGAGCUUCCAGAGAUUCCGAUGUGCGCUUGCUGAAUCUCUGCCAAUACUGGCUGGGACGCAAGAAUGUCAUGGGAGCAAAGACCCAACUGAUAUCAUCUUCACCACCGGAAAAGGCGAUCCCAAAGCUGAAAUAUAACCUUCCAAGUGUAAACCAUUCUGUCGAAGACAACAAUGUGACAUUCAAAAGAGAAUCUUCACCCCCUCUACCGAAAAACCCAACAGACUGGCUCGUAAAGAAAGCCACGCAGGACGAGAUUGCGCUGUUCCGUAGUCAAGAAAAAAUACGCUACGAAAAUCCGCACAUGGCGUUCACAUUCAAACAUCCUGCGUACACGUCCGUUGUAGGUCCGGUUAAAGGAAUUUACACUCAAGUUCCGGGCAUAACCAAAGCUCGCGGACACAACAUGCUCGUCGCAGAUCGUCCAAACUUUGUAACGAUUUUGGCCCUGGUGCGUGACGCAACGGCCAGACUCCCGAAUGGGGAAGGAACCCGCGCCGACAUCUGUGAACUACUCAAGUCAUCACAGUACAUUUCCCAAUCAGCAAUAGAAAAUCCCCAAGUGCUUCAAACGAUCGUCAGCGGUGCUCUGGACAGGAUGCACACAGAAUUAGACCCUUGCGUAAAGUAUGACACGAAGCGAAAAAUUUGGAUCUAUCUGCACCGCAACAGAACGGAACAAGAGUUCGAAAUGCUGCAUCAUCAGUAUCAAGGCAUAGCCAAGCACAAGAAAACAAUCUGCAGAAAGAGCAAAUCAAAGGAUUCCGACGUGACAACGCCGGAAAAGGAAUCGUCGCCAUCGACUUCGACAGCCAUAAGCGUUCCCCCCGAACGGGAUCUAUCCGAUACCAGUCUGAGCAGUGAGAAUUCUUCGCAGCCAAAGCCGCCACCGUCGACGUCAUCUUCUUCGUCCUCCUCAAUGGUUAUUCAAAUGACGAAUUCCGCAGCAAUGAGACCAUCGUUCCAGAUUAAAUCGUUGCCGCUGCAGUCCGAAACAUCUCAAAAGCACAUCGUUGGACGAAGCGUUGUUCAAAUGACAAUGAAAUCUGCGAUUUUUAACGAGUUGGAUAGACAAGGCGCCAAAGAAUAAAUACAUCAAAUAUACCCCCUAAGGGCAACUCCAGCGCUGGGGUUCAAAUCAAAUGUGCUCCCGUCUUAUGAAUACCGAGUUCAAAUUUCCCAUCUUGAACAAACUCCGCUAGUUUAAAUACAAUACGCUGUGCGUUUCACUGACAA